AUGCUCCCAAACCCUGUCUUUGUUAAUGUUGCCCUAGUACUUCCUGAGAAAGAAUUACAAUGCCAGAUUGAGUCAUUGUUAGAUCAGGAUGAAUCUCUGGAAGAAAUUCUUCAGUUCCUCCAAAACAAGUCUAAAGCCCUGCCAUCAAUUAAAUGUGCUUUCAAAGACUACCAAAUGGAAGCAGGACUCUUGUUUUACCAAGGAAGGAUUGUUGUUCUGGAUGUAGGAACCUUGCACACAGAUUUACUCUGCAUCUUCCAUGAUAGUCCCUUAGUUGGACACCCAGGACAACAAUGCACCCUGGAAUUGGUGUCACAAGACUAUUACUGGCCUGGCAUCCAUGCUGACACAUACUGGCACGUGGACUCAUGUGAAACCUGCCAAAGAAUCCAGAAGCCAAAAUACAUGUCAAUCCUGCCUCAGCCAUUGGAACUCCCAAACAGACCCUGGCAGCACGUGCCUUACAAUAUGAUAGUGGACCUGCCCAAAGACAGAAACAACAAUUCCAUCCUUGUCAUCAUAGACAGCUUCACCAAGCACGGUAUCUUUGUCAAGUGUUCCAAGAAGCUCAAAGCACCCAAACUAGCAGAAUUAUUCCUGGAUAAUGUCUGGAAAUGUCAUGGCAUGCCCAAAAAGACCAUCUUGGAUAGAGGAAGGGUCUUCAACAAUAAAUUCCUAAAAGCAUUAUACAAGCAAUUAGGAAUUGACCCCCACUUUUCCUUGGCAUACCAUCCACAAAGCAAUGGACAGACAGAACAAGUAGACCCUUCAAUUGAACAUUUCCUCAGGGCAUACUUGGGAAUCAACCAACAGGACUGGACCAAGUGGCUCCUUAUGGCAAAAUUUGCUUACAACAAUGCUGUACAUAGCAGCACCAGGAAAACUCCCUUCAAGGCCUUAUAUGGUUGGGAACCAACCUUAACCCCUUCCAACAUGCCAAUGGAUGUUCCAGAAGCAGAUGACCUUGCCAAAACAAUGGAAGUACAAUGGAAGUAA